GUAAGCAAAUCUGAGAAGAAAAUCAUUCUUUUCUUGUAAGCUUUUUUCCUGAUUUUCACACCAUAUUUUCACACCACCCUUUUCAUUUAAUAUCAAUCACCAAACCCUUUUUUCUUGAGAUAUUUUUUCCCUUUCCACCAAAUCUUCCUCAAUAAUUUUCCAUCUUUGCGUUUAUUAUAUAUGGAUCACCACCAUCAGCAGCUCCACCAGCUAUACUCGGAAUCCGUCGGAGGCAGCGACAGGUUUCCGCAAUGGAGCAUUCAGGAAACCCGCGAUUUCUUGGUUAUCCGGGCCGAGCUCGACCCGAAUUUCAUGGAGACGAAGCGUAAUAAGAUGCUUUGGGAGAUGAUUUCGACCCGGAUGAAAGAAAAAGGCUAUAGCAGAAGCGCGGAGCAGUGCAAGUGCAAAUGGAAAAACCUCGUCACCAGAUACAAGGGAUGUGAGACGAUGGAGACGGAGGCGAUGAGGCAGCAGUUCCAGUUCUACAACGAGCUGCAGAUGAUAUUCGCGACGAGGAUGCAGAGAAUGCUGUGGCUGGAGGCGGAGGGGAGCGGGACGGCCUCGAAGAAGAAGAAGGCGGCGCAGCUGUCGUCGGACGAGGAGGAGGAGGGGGAGGAGGAGGAGAGCGAUGGGCAAAAGGGUCAUAAAAAGAAGAUGAAAAAAUCGAAGAGCAAUCCGAAUUCGAGUAAUUCGGUGGUGGCGGGAGUGAGGGAGAUGAUGGAUGAAUUCAUGAAGCAGCAGAUGCAGAUGGAGGUGCAGUGGAUGAAGGCGUACGAGGCGCGGGAGGAGGAGCGGAGGAUCAAGGAGAUGGAGUGGCGGCAGACGAUGGAGGCGUUGGAGAAUGAGAGGAUGAUGAUGGAGAAGAGGUGGAGGGAGAGGGAGGAGCAAAGGAAGGUGAGGGAGGAGGCUAGAGCUGAGAAAAGGGAUGCUCUUGUUACAGCUCUAUUGAACAAGCUUAGAAGAGAAGAUAGUAGUAACAUGGAUUGCACGAGUCUUGAAAUUUCUUGGGAGAGAAGUCAGAAAAUGAUACUAUCGUGUUAAGAGAUGUGGGUCAUAUUUAAUGAAGGAUGAUAUUUUCUUCUUUAUUGGUGAGAGAAGGUGAAAUGAAUCUCUACCUAGCUAGUUCUUGCAACUAAAGAAUUAUAAUAUUAGUACCACUUUUAAAAUGACAAUGUACUAUCAAUGUGAACCCUUAGAUUUAGGAGUAGAUUCAAUUUUAGUUUGUCACGUGACAGGCUUGCUUGCCUAUGUAUUAUAGAUUGCUUGAUUAUCUUUAAUUUCGUAUUACAUAUUGUUUGGAACCAUAUGCCGAGUUGCAUGCCUAUGUAUCACAGAUUGCUUGCCUAAGUUGUCAUUUUAACUAUGGUGUCACAA